UUAACCUCAAAAAUAUGUUGUUUGAUUGAUGCGUGAUGUCGCCACUGUCUGAUACUCUGAUUACAACCGUACCCCAAUAUUUAAAAAUUAAAACUCGGUUUGUUGUUAUUAUUCAAGUUAUUCCUUGAUUUUCCUUUACGCAACAAAAUUUAUUCAGAAACAUGUCAAUAAUCGCCACAUCGUCGGACGAUAUCAAAUUUCACGAAUGGUCCGAAGGCGAUCUCAAACUGUACUACAGACCUACAAACAGCCACGAAGGCCCCGUUAAGACAAUAUCAUGGGGGAGGGACGGCAACUGGCUUGUUAUCGUUCCAAACAGUGGACCUGCAGAAGUAAUUAGUAUUAAAGGGAACGUCAAAGUCUUGCAAACACUUCACAAUAUCCACCACCCCACGUGCGCCGCUUUUCACAAUAACACCAAGAAAAACAUCGUCAUUGGCACGUUAUCCGGCCAAGUCUUAGUGUACGACAUCAAAGCCCAAAAUAUUAAAAAGCGAUUUCCUAGGGCGUCGGCGCCAAUUCUGGAUGUCCGGUACAAUUCCAAGGAUAGCCACGUGGCGGCUUCAUGCGAAAAUGGCGAUAUCCUCCUUUACAAUUACCUAACGACGAAUUUGUCUUCCUUGUAUAAAGUUCCAAAGUCGGAUAGUGUCUCCGCCAUAAAUUUCCAUCGCAGCCAGAGGAAUUUGUUUGCGGCAGGAAGCGAAGAAGGGAUGGUGGCGUGUUGGGAUAUAAACACCAACCAAAUCCUGUGCGAUGUUUCCGCUCAUCACGCACGUGUCACCGAUCUCACAUUGUCCCCGAUUCGCAACGACCUGAUUAUUACAAGCGGUAUGGAUCGUCGCGUCGCCUUUUACGAUCUUGCGGCGAAGAAGUGCGUUAUUGAGCUGGAAGUGAGCAAUUCCACAACGGCGCUAGAUUACAGCGCGUGUGGAACUUACUUGGGUUUGGGCUCGCAAAAUGGAAAUGUAAUCGUUUACGACUCCCGAAACUUUAGGCAACCGUUCUCCGCGUUUGUCGCGCACGCGGAUAAAAGAAUACAUCACCUCUUCUUCCAAAAGGCGAUCUUCUCGGGCGCCGUGAGUGAGCACGGGUCGUUUGACAUAGCGCCAGAGGAACCGGUCCCACCACCAACAAAAAAAAUCGGCGACUCCCUAAGUUUCAUAACUUGCGACGAUUCGAAUGAUCAAGAUAUAUCGCAGAAGGCCCCCCAGGACGUGGGGGAUUCGUUCUUAGUCGCGUUAGGAUUGAACAGCACCAGUCAUUUGUCCGACAGGGAAAUUUCCACAGCGAUGGAAACGACGGAUGACUUUCGCAAACGGCCCGAUACCACCAAGCGCAUUUCGUUUCUGGCGAAUCAACCGUCGGAAAACAUAGUGGCGAUGAAAACUCCGGCAAACUCCGCGAAGCAAAUUUCGUCCACCCCGAAGUAUCUGACCGAACAUCUCCCGAUAUCCGAGUCUCCAAUAAUCAGCUCGAAUGUUUGCCAAGGUACCUGCGGGAAUUCAAUCGGCGACAUAAAGCAGAUGAUCAAAGACACAAUCAAGGAGGAGAAUCAAAUUCUGGCGGACCGAUUUGCCAAAGAAGUGGCAAUUCAGGUUGCAAACUUCAAAAAGGAGUUUACUUGGGAAGUGGCCGACGCCGUCGGCCAUAUCCGCCGUCAUCUUCUCGACUUGCAAAUGUCGAUCGUAAAACAGUUUGUUGAUAUCGAGACCAAAAUUGAUACCAUUAACAAUACGCCUAUUCGAGAAUAUGUCUGUGAUGAAUACUUAAUUAGAAAAAACGACGAAUUGUUACAAGAAAUUGAGUCAUUACGUGCACAACUCAGGGAGAAGAACUAUAGGAAAUUUUAAUUGUCCUUAAUUAU